AGGAACCCACAGCAGAUUCAGCCCAGCCCACUGUCGUAAGCGGCGGACUUGGGGGGCCGUAAAGCGGCAGGGGAGGAAAUCCACGUGGGAAGCAGAGCAGGAAGUUCGACAACAUGGGGAAGAGGAAAGCUCGCCGGCAGCAGCAGCUGAUCAGCAGCUUGAGUAAGAAGCAGAAGAAGCACCUGAAGGAUUUCGGGGAGGAGCACCCAUUCUACGAUCGGGUUUCUGGGAAAGAAAAACCAACUCAAAUCUGUGAACUGUCAGACACUUCUGAGCAGUCAAGCUCAGAAAGUGACACAGAGAAUGAUUCUGAACAAGCCUCAGUAUAUCACAAGUUACUGGCCACCUUAAAAACUGCUCCAUAUUCGGACAGUGAGGAUGAUGAAGAUGAAUCAGAAGGAGGAAGCAACAAAGGUGAUGCAGAAGUGGGCAGUGAUGAUGAGUACGAAGAAGAUGAGGGAGAAAUGGAGGACAAAGACAAUGACAGCAAUGCGCCUGACCCCCCAGAAUCAGAUCAAGAAGCACCACUGCAGAAAAACAGCCAAGAGGAAGCUGGAGAUCCAGAGGCUUCUAGCGACCUAAAACAUGAAGCUACUGAAGAAUUCACAGACGUGCAGCACGAAUCUGAGUUUAGCCUGGAAACCAAUUUCAUAGAAGAAGAGUGUGGUGAUCCUUCUGCAGAUGGGAAAGAAAGCAGUGGUUCUGCAGAUAUUGCAAAAGAUCCAUUUAAGUGUCAUGUUGAAGAAGAACUGGAAGAAAAACAAAUAGAUAAAAUUCUUGCAUGCUCAAAAUCUACCAGCCAAGUCAAGUGGCCAGCACUGGGUCAGUUAGUUUUUUCUUCAAAAUUGGAGAAGUUCGGAAUGGUUAAGCCAGACAAAGAAGUUGAUUUGAAACGGCUUCAUCUUCGAAAGCCUUUAGGAUCUGCUUGGCCUAAAGUCAACAGCCCAUUCCUUUCCACGCAGGUGAAAUCAAAAGAUCAGCCAUUUACUCUACUGCAGAAAGAGCUUUUCUGCAUCAUGAAUUCAUACAAGGACUUAUUCUACCCAGAGAGGACUGCUUUAAGCAAUGGGGAAGAAGUCCGUCAAGUCUACUGCCUGCAUGCCCUGAACCACGUCUUGAAGGCAAAUGCCCAAGUACUUGGCAAUAAUGCCAAGCGAAGGGACCAAAAACCUGGGACUGACGAUGAUUGCUUCAGAGAUCAAGGACUCACAAGACCAAAGGUGUUGAUAGUGGUGCCCUUCCGGGAAUCAGCUUUACGCGUGGUGCAGAUUUUCAUCAGCCUCCUUGAAUCGACAAGUCAAAAGAAAAUUGAUGUUAGUAACAAAAAGCGGUUCAAGGGGGAGUUUGGCUCAGAUCCAGAAGAGAAACCGCCCAAUCUGAAAAGGCCAGAAGAUUAUGAAGCUGUCUUUGCUGGGAACAUUGAUGACCACUUCAGGCUAGGUGUUUCUGUUCUUCAGAAGAGCAUACGGCUGUACGCGCCUUUUUACUCCUCCGAUAUUAUCAUUGCAUCUCCCCUUGGCCUGAGGACUGUUAUUGGAGCUGAGGGAGAGAACAAGAGAGACUAUGAUUUCCUCUCGUCUAUAGAAAUUCUUAUCAUCGAUGAGGCCGACAUCUACCUCAUGCAGAACUGGGAGCAUGUUUUGCACCUGAUGAACCACAUUAACCUGUUGCCUUUGGAGUCUCAUGGGGUGGAUUUCUCGCGGGUGCGAAUGUUCAGUCUGAACAACUGGUCCAAGUAUUAUCGGCAGACGCUGCUGUUCAGCGCCCUCCAGGAUCCACAGAUCAACUCCAUCUUCAAUAAGCACUGCUUCAAUUACAGGGGGCAGGUAGCGGUAAGGAACAUACCUCUGAAGGGCUCUAUCAGCCACGUUGUAGUACAGCUUCCUCAUGUUUUUCGCAAGCUGGAAGCAGAAAAUUCCAUUUCUGCAAUAGAUGCCAGGUUUCAUUUUUUCAUUGAGAAAGUGUUGCCUGAGUAUCGCGAUGCCGUCAUGUCGCACACACUCAUCUACGUCCCGUCGUAUUUUGAUUAUGUGCGCCUUCGGAACUACUUCAAGAAGGAGGAGUUGAGUUUUGUGCACAUCUGUGAAUACACCAGUAAAUCUGGCAUUUCCAGAGCGAGGCAAUUCUUCCUAAAGGGAGUGAAGCAAUUUCUGAUUUUCACGGAGCGUUUCCACUUUUAUAAAAGGUACUCAAUUAGAGGCAUCCGGAACCUUAUUUUUUACGAACUGCCCACCUAUCCCCAUUUCUAUAGUGAGGUCUGCAAUAUGAUGAAGCUGGCAGGCAGUGAGGAAGAGGCCACCUUGACCUGUACAGUGCUUUACUCAAAAUACGAUGCUCAAAAGGUGGCUGCGGUGGUGGGUGUCGACCGGGCGGCCCAAAUGCUCCAGUCUUCCAAAAAUGUGCACCUUUUCGUCACUGGAGAAACAGAGUGAAAUAAGUGGUGGACUGAGAUUUAGAAUGGACUCCGUGACCUGUUCAGCCUAUUAUUUGGGGCUUGUGCUUCUUCCAGAACAAAUGUUAGAAAAAGAAAGGCCGUGUCCGCACCAUGCAUUUAAAAUGUGAUUAUACCACAUAAGCAGUUAUGGCUCCCCCCACCCCAAAACAAUCCUGGGAACUGUAGUUAAGGGUGCUGAGAGUCUCCCCCCACACACACAUUUGCUUUUAACUGUUUUGAAUACACUGUCUAAUACAAUACAGCUACAGUAGGGAUCAGCAACUAGCAGACCCUGGCUCCAGUCCACCCCUCUAGCAAGCACCCUUG